AUGAGUGACGCAAAAGUAGAGGAAGUGAAGCAAAAACCGGAACAACAAACCGUUUUCGAAAAGGGGGAAGAAGAGGAAGAAGGAGAAGAGAUUGCAUACACUGAUAUUUAUGUAAGAUUCAAUGAUGAUCAAGAAAAAGAUUAUUGUUUUCAAAUCAAUACAAAAACUAGAUUUAGAGACUUGGAUCGCAUAUUCGAGACAUUACCUUUAUCGUUGAGACCAAGUAUAUUCUACCAUGCUAGGCCAAUAGGGUACAGAAAAAGCACAUCACCGGGAUACCUCACUGAAGAUGGGAAUUUUAUUUUUGAUAACGAUGCUGGAAAGAUUAAAAGUAGUAUUUUCCCUCCAGACGAAUUGAUCAACAAUCAUGUAUGGCCAGGCCAAUUGAUCUUACCUGAAUGGGAGUUUAAUUACUUUGCGUUUUACUCUCUUGUUCUUGCACUCUUGGCUUGGUUAUAUACUGACUUACCAGAUUUCAUUAGUCCAACUCCUGGAAUAUGUUUAACUAAUCAAAUUACUAGAGUAUUGAGCUCCAUUGCAGUCAAAUAUGGUUAUAAUGGGUUAGCGGCUAAAUUGAUGGAGGACAUUGAAGAUGAUGUGAGUAUUCCCUUGCAAUGCAUCUUUUUUGCGUUCCAUGUGAUCAAGUUAUUUUUCCUUUUUGGCUUUCUUUACACUGGAGUAUUUAAUCCUAUUAAAUUAUUGAGGUUUAAUCUAUUUGGCAACAGUAAUGUUAAAUUGAACGUUACAAAGGAAGAACUUGUUGAAUUGGGUUGGACCGGUACCAAGAAAGCAACUAUUGACGACUACAAGGAUUAUUAUAGAGAACUAAAGAUUGAAGAACAUGGUGGUAUGAUACCUGCUCAUCAAGCUGGGUUGUUCCAAGUUAUCAAACAUUUGGGAGUUCAGUUGAAAGAAGGCGAAGGAUACAAUACUCCCUUAGUCAAGGAGAAUAUGGAUAGACCAUUAAAAGAGAUUGUUCGUGAGGCCCAAGAAGAUGCUUCUAAUUUUAAGUUUAAAUUGAGCUAUGAGUGGUUUGUCGAAUUGGGUUACGUAUUUGCAGCUCAGAGUCAAGAUAAAGAAGGUAAGGAGUUGACUGAUUUGAUUAAGCAGUUUAGAAGGUACGGUUUAAUUGCAAGUAAUGAAAAAAUCAAAACAGUUGUGCAAGCUAGGAAAAGUCAGGAGAAAUUUGAGGUUCCUUUGGAUGAAAGACCAUUAAAACAGUUACCUGUUAAAGGUGACCAAAAGCCAACACCUGUUGAAGGUGCUGUUGUUGAAACAGUUGAAAAUUAG